CGCAGAAUAGAGUUUAUCUUAUCAAAGAGCUCGAUCGGAGGACUGGGCAGGGAAAAUCCGCUAUAUCAGUUGAUGAGACGCUAAAAGUAGUGGCUUGCAGCAAAAAAGAUUGGCAGCACUUGAAAUGGAGCUGGCGGCUGCGAGACAAGAAGGAUUCAAAGGGACAUACUCAUCGGAGAGUCAUGGGAAUGAUACUAGGAAAAGACCGACGGUCGUCGUAGGAAUAAUUACUACAUUUGGCAGGAAGAGCAAUCGAGAUGCUAUUCGGAAAUCUUGGGUUCCUACUGGUCCUGCAUUGAAAAAGUUGGAAGAAGAGAAAGGUGUUGUUGUAAGAUUCGUGAUAGGAAGAAGUGCUAAUCGAGGAGACAGCAUGGAUAGGGCUAUUGAUGAAGAAAAUGAGCAUACAAACGACUUCAUUUUGCUUGACAAACAUAUAGAAGCCUCUGAAGAAGCUUCAAAAAAGACGAAAAGGUUUUUUGUUUACGCAGCAAAGAUAUGGGAUGCUGAGUUCUAUGCAAAGGUUAAUGACGAUGUUUAUGUGAACAUUGAUGGACUAGGGGCGAUGCUUGCAACUUAUUGGGACAAGCCUCGUGUCUACAUAGGAUGUAUGAAAUCUGGUGAAGUUUUCUCUGAAAUGAGUCACAAAUGGUAUGAGCCAGAUUGGUGGAAGUUCGGUGAUGGAAAAUCGUACUUCCGACAUGCUUCUGGAGAGAUUUUUGUCAUAUCCAGAGCCCUGGCUCAGUUUGUUUCCAUAAAUAGAGCUAUUCUUCGAACUUAUGCCCAUGAUGAUGUUAGUGUUGGCUCAUGGUUUAUUGGACUUGAUGUAAAACACAUACACGAAGGGAAAUUAUGCUGCUCAUCAUGGUCUUCAGGAGCCCUAUGUGCAGCUGUGUGAUGAUGUGCAUAGUAAAUGGUUGGAAUGUUUCUCGAGGAUAUCUUUGAAGGGUUUCCGCAGUUGAAGGCGGUGGUUUUUAAGCCUGUAUUUGGAAUCCCUGCUAUUUAUUGAAGCUUCAUUAGAAUGUGACUGAAAGAAUUGAUGAAGCACUGGCGUUUACACCUAUAGGGGAUAUGGGUUUCUACUGCGUGACGUUUGUUGAAGCUGAAGGGAAUUACCCAUGACCUACUUUAAAUCUGCCUUGUAUUAUCACACCAACAGAUUACUAUUCUUUCCUUGAGAGGGACCAAUUUGAAACUCCCGAGGGAAUUGUUGUAUAGAAUCAUUCUUUACUCUAUUUAAUCAAGGUUAUGUUAUUGCGAUUUUUUUAA